AUGAAAAGUCUUGGGUGCACUUCAAGGCAUGUCAAAUAUCUUCUUUUUUUCAACCUUUGGCUGGGACUUGUCUUCUUGUCUGGAUUCUUCCACAUGAAUAAAAACAUUGUAUUCUGGAGGAGCUCUGCAGAGUUAGUGACUUCUCACAUACCCUGUCGUGCCAAGACUAAUGUCAUGUUCCUCAAGACACACAAGACUGCCAGCAGCACCAUCUUGAACAUCAUGUUCCGGUUCACAGAGAAGCAUAACCUCACCAUAGCCCUCCCAGCUGACCAGCUCGUCCACCUGGGCUAUCCACAGACCUUCAUGACUAGCUUUGUAGAGGAAUUUCAAACCAUAGGACAAAACUACAAUAUCAUGUGCAACCACCUACGGUUUAACUAUUUGGAGGUACAAAAAGUGAUGGCAGAGAACACCUUCUACUUUUCCAUCCUGAGGAACCCAAUUUUUCAGCUGGAAUCUUCCUAUACCUAUUACAAGGAUGCUGCCCCUGCCUUCAGAAUGUCAAAGGACUUGAAUGAGUAUUUGGCAUCGCCAAUGAACUAUUACCAUAAGGGUAAUUACAAAGAAAACAUUUACGCCAAGAAUAACAUGUGGUUUGACUUUGGCUAUGACAACAAUGCACAAGAUAAUGAAAACUACAUCCAGGCGGUCUUGGAGGAGAUUGAACAGACCUUCCACCUGGUCUUGAUAGCAGACUACUUUGAUGAGUCCAUGAUCCUCUUAAAACACACUUUAUGCUGGGAUCUAGAUGAUGUGAUUUACUUUAAGCUCAAUUCCAGAAGCAACAACACUGUCCAGACCUUGACUCCUGAAAGUAAGGAGAGGAUUAAAGUGUGGUGCUCACUUGACUGGAAACUCUACCUGCAUUUCAACCAGAGCUUCUGGAAGAAAAUUCAGGAGACCAUGGGACUGGAGGAACUGGAAAAGGAAGUGAAUCACUUGCGAGCAAGGCAGAAGGAACUCAUGGAGACCUGUCUCUCAGAUCAGAGGCCAGUAGAGAAGGCUCAUAUCAAGGACAAAGCUCUCAUGCCUUUCCAGUCAGGAACUGCGAAUAUCCUUAGUUAUAACCUCAACCAAGACUUAGACAGCAUGUCUCUGAGAGCCUGUCAGAAAAUGGUUAUACCAGAGCUUCAGUACAUGUCCUAUCUUUAUAUCCUUCAGCAUCCACACAAAAAGAGGAAGCAACUAGGCUUUCCCUUGUUUUGGAAUAGUUUAUGA